UUUUAUAUAACAAGCAUUCCAUCUUAUACAUAUGUUGUGCUGCUUACGCCAAAAUCUCUGUCAGCGCAGUGGUGCAUUUACUCCUUAUGUUUUCUUCCCUCUACAUUUAAUAGGAUUUCUAAAAGAUCUGGUGUUGUUUCGAUUUUUCGAGGAAAAAGGGAAUCACUUUGAUAGGAUGCGACUAACAAUUCACUAAAGUUACAAAACAGAUUUUAUGGAAAAAAGAAAAGAAAGCCUGGAACUAGGAAUGAUUCGGCAUGGAAAUGGACGAUCUAAUAUCAAUAUUCCUUACCGUAUUAUUUAUACAGUUUGCGGUCAGUAGUAAAAGAAUAAAUUAUAAUGAAUUAUUGGGUAACAUACACAACGGCUGUAUCUCCCCUAGACUCUGAAUUUUGUGGCAUAUCCAAAUUAACAAGAGAAGUCGUGGAUUCGUGUCCAUCAGAUAAAGAAUCCUGGAACGAGGCUGCAGAGAAGUUUAAUUGUCUGCAGUAUGAAGGGAAAUGUACAAGAACAUUAGAAUAUCAUUGUCUUAUUAAUCCUUGGCAAAAUAUAACGGUGGCGGUAUGUGCUCCAUCUACACGUAUCCGUUCAGGUCACUGUGCGGAAUACAAUGCAAGGGGAGGUAAAAUCCAAGAAUUUUAUAUUCCCAACUGUAAGUCAUGUACAAGGGACUACAUGUCGACAGAAGCAUACAAGUACCAAGAAUGCUAUGAAGAAGUAUAUAAAAAAGUAAAAAUACCAGAGAAAGGAGGAACUCAAACAGAAACACAACAGCAACGACAACAGCAGGAACAGCAAUUUAAACCUAGAGUUGGAGCGCUUGGCGACGUGAGUGAAGGAAACAGAAUCAGAAGCAGUAGAUACAUUUCCUUUUAUGUUUUCGUUCUGUGUAUUAUGACAGUCCUUUAAACUGGUAGCAUUGUUCACAUUAUUGUUAAUAUUUACACUUUAAACGAUUUUCACUUUGAAACAAUUAUGAAAGUUAA